AUGUCUUUGCCGCAGAGGCCAGGCAAGCCCUCAGCUCGGCGCGAAGAAGCCCGCGCAUUUCGCGAACCCUCUCGACGACGUCGACGUGAUAUCGACUCUGGCACUUACAGUGACGACCCCAAUUCCCCCUCCCACAGACACCGUCGUCGACACUCCAGCCACCGGAGGACAAUGGACACGGAUGAAGAGCGCAUGGACCGGGGCGGCGAUGUGAGACGCAAAAAGAGCAUGGUUAAACCAGAGCGCAGGCGAGAAGAUCGUGAACAGCCCAAUUAUCACUACCGGCAGCGAUCAAGCCAUAUGCCCGUUUUCCCCUCGACGACAGGAAAUGAUCCGUUAUUGGAACACAAAGAUGGCGAGGCGGAGACGAACAGCUCGCGUAGCAUGGAUAUGAAGACUAAGGAUGGUCUAUACGGUGCGCAGGGUAAUGUCAACAAACCCAUGGAACGGGUUCCUAGCAGGCAUCGCUCGAAGAAGAAGAAGAGAGGCUCGCGGAGGUCGUCAAAGGGAGCCGCAGAUGAACAAAGACGGCUGAAAGUUAUUGAACAGAGUGGCCCGCCUGAGUUAUGGCCUACAUACUGUGCAGUGCUUACAUUUUUCAUUCCGGACUUUGUGAUGAAAUGGUUCGGUAUGCCACAGAAAGAGCAGCGCACUGCUUGGAGAGAGAAGAUUGGCCUUAUCAGCAUCAUUCUGAUGAUCGGUGCCUUUGUUGGUUUCUUGACUUUCGGUUUCACGGCUACCGUUUGUGGCUCGCCUCCACUUCGAUUGAAGGCUAACAAGAUCAGUUCCAACUACAUGAUCUUCCAUGGAAGAGCAUAUGACUUGAGCGGUUCCAAACACGGCCCUGUUGCUGGUAUCCCCGCCGAUUCGAAUGUUAUCUACGACUUGCCACACAAGUAUGGCGGACAGGAUGGCAGCUUCUUCUUCCAGCAGGUCAAUGGUGCGUGCAAAGGAUUGAUUACUGCCACGCCUGACAGUGAUAUUCCAACCAACUCCGAUGGAGAUCUCGGGUGGUACUUCCCCUGCGCGCCUUUCAACCAGGAUGGUUCGUCCUCGCCGAAUUUGACCGUUGAGUAUUAUACGGGUUGGGCUUGCCAUACCAGCAAGAGAGCUCGUGAGCCUUUCUAUUCGCUGAACAGUGAUGGAGAUGUGUAUUACACAUGGGAAGAUACGAAGAACAAGAGUCGAAAUCUAGCGGUAUACUCCGGAAGUGUACUCGAUCUCGACCUUCUCGCCUGGUUUGACCGUAGCCAGGUGUCAUAUCCCGAACAAUUCGACGAACUCCGAAAGAAUCCUAAUAUCCGAGGUGUUGAUCUUACCUACUACCUGCAAAGCGGACGGGAGAAGAAGAUUGGCAAGUGCUUGGCGCAGAUUACCAAAGUCGGCAGCAUCGAUACGGAUACUGUUGGUUGUAUCGCAUCCAAAGUCGUGCUUUACGUGUCCCUGAUCUUCAUUCUCGCCAUUGUGGGUGUCAAGUUCGCUUUUGCCCUGAUCUUUGAGUGGUUCCUGGCACCCAGGUUUGCCGCGCAAGCCACGAGUAUGUCCUCCGACGCCAAGACUCGCAAUCAACAGAUUGAAGACUGGUCCAAUGACAUCUAUCGGCCAGCUCCACGAGUUGUGGAUCCUAUCAUUCCCGAUCGCCUUAACAAGCGUGCCAGUUUCCUCCCGACCACUUCCCGUUUCUCAAGCCCAUACAAUGUGAGCAGCACCAAUGGUAGCAAGCAAAAACCGCUCUAUGUCACCAUGGCUAGCCAGAACUCGACCUCCCAUCUCAUGCCCAGCUCCAACCCCGGCACUAUGUACAAGUCAAGCCACAACGGCAGUGGGGGCAGUUUGAGCGCUGACAACUCCCGGCAUAAUCCUGCUGCUAGUCGGACUAGCUUGGUUCCUCCCGGUCAGGGUCAGCAAGAUACGGGUUACUCCACAGUAUUGACGGAUCAUGAGGGUGCCGGUCCUGCUGAUUUCAUUCAUGAAGCUGUCGUUCCUCAACCUCCACCUGAAUGGCAGCCAUUCGGCUACCCUCUAGCUCAUAGUCUCUGUCUGGUUACUUGCUACUCCGAAGGUCAUGAUGGUAUUAGGUCGACUAUCGAUUCUCUUGCCAUGACCGACUACCCGAACAGCCACAAAACGAUCCUGGUCAUCUGUGAUGGUGUCAUCAAGGGUAAGGGAGAGGAAUUCUCCACACCAGAUAUUGUAUUGGGCAUGCUCAGGGACCCUGUUGUCCCCAAGGAUGAGGUUCAGCCCUACUCCUACGUGGCCGUGGCUACUGGCUCCAAGCGACACAACAUGGCCAAGGUGUACACCGGGUUCUAUGACUACGGCAAUGAUUCGAUCGUCCCGAUAGAUAAGCAACAGCGUGUUCCCAUGAUGGUGGUUGUCAAGUGCGGAACUCCCCAGGAGGCAACCCAGUCGAAGCCUGGUAAUCGAGGCAAGCGAGACAGUCAGAUCAUUCUAAUGUCUUUCCUCCAGAAGGUUAUGUUCGACGAGCGCAUGACGGAACUCGAGUUCGAGAUGUUCAAUGGCUUGUGGAAUGUCACAGGCAUCCCACCGGACUUCUACGAGCUUGUUCUCAUGGUCGACGCCGAUACAAAGGUGUUUCCAGACAGCUUGACGCACAUGGUCUCGGCCAUGGUCAAGGACCCCGAAAUCAUGGGUCUCUGUGGAGAAACCAAGAUUGCCAACAAGACCGACAGCUGGGUAACAAUGAUCCAGGUCUUCGAGUACUUCAUUUCUCACCACCAAGCCAAAGCAUUCGAAUCCAUCUUCGGUGGUGUAACCUGUCUCCCUGGAUGUUUCACCAUGUACCGCAUCAAAGCCCCCAAGGGUGGCCAGAACUACUGGGUACCCAUUCUCGCAAACCCGGAUAUCGUCGAGCACUACUCUGAAAACGUCGUCGACACCCUCCACAAGAAGAACCUGCUCCUUCUCGGCGAAGAUCGCUACCUAACAACCCUGAUGCUCAAGACCUUCCCCAAGCGCAAGCAGAUCUUCGUCCCACAAGCCGUCUGCAAAACAGUCGUGCCGGACGAAUUCCUGAUCCUGCUCUCCCAGCGCCGUCGUUGGAUCAACAGUACCGUCCACAACCUAUUCGAACUGGUCCUCGUCCGCGAUCUGUGCGGAACCUUCUGCUUCAGUAUGCAAUUCGUUAUCUUCAUCGAGCUCAUCGGAACCCUCGUUCUGCCCGCCGCCAUCUCCUUCACCAUCUACGUCGUCAUCAUCUCCAUCGUCAGGAAACCAGUCCAGGUCAUGCCGCUGAUUCUUCUCGCCCUUGUCUUGGGUCUGCCUGGUGUUUUGAUCGUCGUCACUGCGCAUAAACUCGUUUACGUACUCUGGAUGCUGAUCUACCUCAUCUCACUUCCGGUUUGGAACUUCGUUCUGCCCAUGUAUGCGUUCUGGAAGUUCGAUGACUUCAGUUGGGGUGAGACCCGUAAGACUGAUGGUGAGCAAGAUAAGGGACACGGUGAUGCCGAGGGCGAGUUUGAUAGCACGAAGAUCACGAUGAAGAGGUGGCGUGAUUUCGAAAAAGAACGCCGUCUACGCAGUGCUUGGUCACAGCCUCAUGCUGCGACGGAUCCUUAUACAUCGCAGCAUGACGCAUAUUCCCAUUAUUAA